UGAGGACCACCAUGUAGUAUAAGUGGAAACAAUAUGAGGACCACCAUGUAGUAUAAGUGGAAACAAUAUUAGGACCACCAUGUAUUAAGUCGAUUGUAAAUAAAGUAGGUUAUCGAUAGUUUGUAAUGAUAUAUGUAUAUUGAGAGACUGCGAUCUCUACUUUUUGUCGGCGUUUUGUGAAAAGAAGUGCGCAACUUUUGGUGUAAAAUAAAAAUAUAAAGACUGCAAUAUAUAAAGGCCUAUAAUAUUCAGAAGUGGUCUUGAACACGCCUUAAGUGAACUGUGUCAUCAUCAUCAAAUUAACAAAUCUGGAAGUACACACAUACAUGCCAUCGACAAACUUAAAAAAUUUGCUUAAAAAAGAAUUGCAAUUUUUGUGCGUCGUGAAUAGUCUGGAUGCUACCGGCACCAAAAAUAUUCUGAUUUGGAGGUUGCAACGAAUAGCGAAACCACAAAUUGAGCAGAGCGUGCUGAAAUUGAAAAGGAAUUUGGAAUCUGGUAAAGUCGACGAAAUGGAACAUUCUAGAAACCUUUCGGUUGCGACGGAAAACGACGCCGCCAUUUCGACAGAAACCAAAGACAACGUAGAGAAAUGCGACGAAGGAGAAGAAAGAAACAACGAGAGUGGGCAACAGAAUAGCGAGAGACGAGAGAAGAUACAAAAUGAAGAUGGCGACGACCAGUACAACGACGAAGAAGACGGAAAGGACAACGUAAAGAAAAGCUACGACGUAAUGAAAAAAAGCAACGUAAAGAAAAUCGACGACGUAAAGGAAAAUGAAAACGUAAGGGAGAUGGACAACGCGAAGCAAAAGGGAAAUGGAAACGACAACGUAAAGGCAAAUAAAAACGUAAUGCAAAGCGACAAUGUAAAGCAAGAUGAUAACGUAAGGCCGAACAACAACGUAAGGGAAGCGGACGGAAAAAACAAUGGAGAUUUUAACGAGCCCGGAAAUAUGAAAGAGCAAUGCGACUUAGACGUUAUUCUACAACGCUUUGAAAUGUUUAAGAAAGAUGAAAAAAUACGUCAACUGGAGAAAGAACUCGCUAAUAUUAAAAAUAAACAAAGUUAUGCAGAGGGUGCUAGAAAUAAAAUAUCUCUGGAAAUGCUAAAGGAGCUGGUAUACGUUUUUGAAGGCGACAAUAAAUUCUCCAACUGGCGUACAAUGAUCAACAAUGUUCGGAAAAUAUACAACGUAGAUGACGAUGUGAUGCGAGCAGUAAUCUUUAACAAAGUCAAAGGCAAAGCAUUGGAAUGGGUGACUGCUAAUCCUACGCUAAUGGCAGAAACUGUAGAUUUUCUGCUAAACGAAAUGGCCAAACAUUUUGAAAAGAAAGGGUCUAAACUUAUUACCAGGAAAAAACUACAAUUAUGCACCUGGAAAAGAGGAAAACGCUUCGACGAAUAUUUCCAAGAAAUGGUAUCUCUGGGAAAUGAAAUUGACCUGGAUGAAGAUGAGCUGAUCGAGUACAUGAUAGCGGGAAUUCCGGAUGUAAAUCUUCGGAACAUGGCGAAACUACAAAAUUUCUCGACGAAGACCGAAAUUUUAGAAGCAUUCAUCGAUAUCGAGUUACAAUGGACAUCAUCCACACAACGAAACGCACAGGAACAGAAGGAUGCUGGAAAAACUCAAAGGCGAAAUGUUAAGUGUUACAACUGUAACAGUUUGGGGCACAUAGCAAGCGAAUGUCGAAAGCCGAAACGAGAGAUGGGUACUUGCUUCGCUUGUGGAAAACCUGGACAUCAAGCUAAGGAUUGUGAGCAGUAUAAGAAGCGAGAUGUACAAAAUGAAUAUAAACACUCUUAGAUUCAGGAAGCCCCAUAAGUUUGAUAAAACAAGCAUACGUUCCACCUCAAAUACAUUUAAGGAAAAUGAAUAACAGAAGUUUUGUUGGAAUUAACAAAAGUAAACUGAAGAUUUUUGGAAGUGUAAAAUGUUUAAUUUCUUGUUCAAAUAAAGACGUCUUGUGCGAGUUAAUGGUGGUGGAUAAUGAA